UACACUCUUUAAUACUUCUCCAGGUAUAAGCUGCAUUAUACCUGACUCAACUGAUUCAGUCUUGGUGUCUGAAUAAUUUUGUUCUUGUUUAUGUUUUAUUACCUAUAUAUGCUCUCAUGGUUGUGUUCCUUUCUUUUGUUUUUUAACAAUUGGUACAUGAUGAUAUCAAAAAUGGAAUGAAGAAAGAAACCUAUGGUCUUAAAAAUCCACUUACUUUGAUGAGCUAUGUGACCCCUAUAAUGGCAAUUGCAACUGGUGUUCUUUCUUUGAUGCUGGAUCCAUGGCAUGAAUUGAGAAAGAACGAUUACUUUAAUAGCUCAUCGCAUAUUCUGAGAAGUAGUUUGCUAAUGUUGUUUGGUGGCACUCUGGCUUUCUUCAUGGUAUUAACAGAAUAUGUACUUGUGUCUGUAACAAGUGCAGUAACAGUUACAAUAGCAGGGGUUGUGAAGGAAGCUGUUACUAUUUUGGUGGCCGUGCUGUAUUUCCAUGACCAGUUCACCUGGUUGAAAGGGCUAGGCCUUCUGACGAUGAGGAUUCCUUUUUGCUGGAAAAUGAUGCUGGAGUUAUACCCAAGGAUGAGAAUUUGGAUUAUGAUUUACCACCGCCGAAAACAUUCUCAAUGCCAAGGGAGGUAUGAUUCUCCUUAA